AUGUUAGCAACAACAGCACCAAACUCGUUAGUCAUGAACCCAACAUCUAUGUUAGUAGAGAUGAAAAGCUUCAUUCCUUCUUCAUAUACUUUCGAAACAGAAAUCCAGAAGAUAAAGCAAGAACUUCUCCAAGGAGUUUUAGACUGUAGUGCAAAAGAUGAAACAAAUGAAGAAUAUCUUUAUGAAAUGCAGGAUAUUAUUGACCAUCUACCUAAACUUCCUGAAAUACAACAACAAAAGCUUACUAUUCCAGAAUUCGAUGAAAUAGAAGUCAAACCAACUGACUCAGUAGAAACCAAGAAGUUCAUACGUAAGGUAAACUAUGAGUUUCUUGGAUUUCAUUGCAACCACAAAGUUAUGGACAAAGAUUGCGAUAUGUUAUAUAAGAACAUCUCUGACAUAUACAAAUCUGAAGAAUUUAAGACCUACGACAACUUUGUUUCGUUAGUUGCAAAAUGUGUAUGGCAGAUAAGAGAUAAAGAUAAAAGAG